AUGGUGCCAAAUGGGAUUCAGCCAGAUGUCAUCACCUACAACACAGCCUUGAGUAUGUGCAGCGACGAUCGAUGGCAGGGUGGCAUUGAGCUUUUACAGGACAUGAAGGCCGCAGCAUUGCAGCAGGACCGUUUCUCUUUUAACACAGCUCUGAACAGCUGCGAGAAAAUCGCUUCGUGGCGGGUAGCUCGAGAUCUCCUCAAAGCAUCGGGCGAUCUCGGUGUCUCUUCAGAUACCAUCACCGUCAACUCCAUCCUCAACGUUUGUGCUGGUUGGAGUCACUGGGAAACUGCGUCUUCGGCCCUGUCUCAAAUGCAACGCAGGAGCCUGCAGGCGGACGUCAUUUCACACAGCUCGGCUUUGGCUGCUUGUUCCGGCAGGUGGGUGCAGGCGGGCGUUUUGCUCGGCCGGGUCCGGCAUGCAUAUAUUCGGACGAACGUGCUGACCUUGAACACUGUCAUCAACUGCCUAGAAGGAGACCCAAUGUCUGAGCCCGCAGAUAAAAUGGCGGGGUGGUCAUGGGCUUUAGACAUUUUCGCCACGAUGCAAUUGCAACGAGAUGUCAUUACAUACAACUCGUGCAUCACUGCGGCCAGACCGUCCAAUCGCUGGCAGUUGGCAAACUUUCUGUUUCGGCAUGCGUUGCAAAACGGCUUGAGGCCAAAUGUUCGGACUCACAAUGUCGUACUCGCCACCUGCGCUGCCGACGGGAUUUGGCGAAUCGGUAUUUGCACAUUGGGCCACAUGCACUCCGACGGUGUUCAACCCGAUGUGAUCACACAGUCUUCAGUCCACAACGCAUUAGCACAAUCGCUCCAAUGGCUUCAUGCCACAUGUAUCUUGCUGGAAACACCAGCUCGGCAGAGCAACCUGGUUCUCUAUGGUGCAGCUGUGAGCUCCUGCUCAGGCGAAGGGCGAUGGAGGAUUGCUGUGACAGUUACAGCUGCGAUGCUGAGACGGGCCCUACUUCCCAAUGCUGUCAUCUGCAACUCCCUCAUCAGUGCAUGUGAAAAGAGCUGCUGCUGGGUUCAAGCGAUUGCUUCGAUGAACAUCAUGUCUGACAGCUACGUGAGAGGGCAGCUUGCGGACUUCACCAUCACCUGCAAUGCCACCAUCAGUGCAUGCGAGAAGAGCUCGCAAUGGCUUUCGGUGGUUUCUCUGCUUCGGAGACUACGAAGCCGAGGUCUCCAAGCGACAGUCACUGCAGAGAACGCGCUCAUGAAUGCCUGUGGGAGCCAAGAGCGAUGGAAGGAGUCUCUUCAAGCCCUGCGCCGAAUGCACGACUGCCACAUGCAACCCAACCUCACUACAUUUAAUGCCGUUCUCAAUGCGCGCGAGAGGGGUCGUAUCUGGAAGGAUGCUGUGCAGCUUGUGGCCAAGCUGAUGGAGCAGAGGGUUGUUCCUGGAAUUUUGACAGGGUGCGCCGCUGUAGCUGCAGCUGGAAGAUCUACUAAGUGGCAGCUGGCUUUGGCUUUUCUGCCCCGAUUUCAAGCAGAUCUGGUAGCACAUUCAUCAGCGAUGAAUGCAUGUUUAAGCGCGCAGCGCUGCCAGCCAGUUUUCGUGCUACUGCAGGAGCUGCGCGAUGGCAGUGUGAAGACAGACACUGUGAUCUGCAACUCUGUGAUGGCCGCGUGUGUCAUUUCGAGGCGGCCAAAACAAGCAGCCUCCAUUCUUUAUGAUGUGCAGUGUCAGGGCCUGGAAUUAAUGGCAUCUCUGAGCUAG